AUGGCGGCGGAGGCGGCGAAGCAGCAGCGUCUGUGGGACGGCGUGAUGGAGAUGACGAAGGCCGCGCAGGAAACGGGCACCGACCCCCUGAUAUGGGCCACGCGGCUUUCGUCGAGUCUCACUGCCGCCGGCGUCUCCAUGCCGUCCGUCGAGGUGGCGGAGCUGCUCGUUUCUCACAUCUGCUGGUCGAACAACACCCCAAUCGCGUGGAAGUUCCUCGAGAAGGCGCUCACCGUUCGUAUCAUACCACCCCUGUUCGUUCUCGCCCUUCUCUCGGCCAGGGCAAUACCAAGUCGAAGAAGGUAUCCGGUAGCUUAUAGAUUGUAUAUGGAGCUUCUGAGGAGAUAUGUUUUUUCUCUGCCAUCUUUGAUUAGUGGUCCCGAUUAUCACAAGACUAUGGAAUCUAUAAACAAUGUGCUCCAUCUUCGUCAAAUAUUCGAAGUUCAGUCCUCUGGACCUGGGCAUAUUGUUGUUGAAUUUAUAUUUUCAGUUGUAUGGAAACUACUUGAUGCAUCACUUGAUGAUGAUGGCCUGUUAGAGCUCGCCUUCGAAAAGAAAUCAAGGUGGCCAAUCAAGAGUCAAGACAUGGAAAUCGACUGUAUUGAUGGAUUUGAAGGGAAAAGUUUGGAACAUCAAGCAGCACUGAGUAAGAUGAAUACUGUAAUGGCUAUUGAAAUAAUUGCUGAGUUUUUUCAGAACAAGGUGACUUGCCGGAUACUUUACUUGGCCAGGCGGAACAUGCCAUCUCAUUGGGAUUGCUUCAUUCAUCAUUUAAGACUACUGACCACAAGUUCUGCAUCUUUAAGGAACUCAAAGAAUAUCUCUCCAGAAGCACUUCAGCAGUUGACAUCAGAUACACGGAGACUUCUGUCUCGUGCGUGUAAAAUGAGCCUAGUUGCUACAACUCCUGUAUCAGCUAGUGGUAAAUGUAAGGGUACUGUUCGCUCGGCUCUCUGGCUUCCUAUAGAUCUAUAUUUAGAAGAUAUGAUGGAUGGAUCAGAAGUGAGAGCUACCAGUGCUGCUGAAACUUUAACUGGUCUAGUGAAGUCUCUCCAGGCUGUAAAUCAAACCACUUGGCAGGAUACAUUUCUUGGUUUGUGGACUGCAGCUUUACGUCUUGUUCAGAGGGAGAGGAAUUCCAUUGAGGGUCCUGUUCCGCGCACAGAUACUUGUUUAUGCUUGCUAUUGUCCAUUACAACUCUUGCUGUGGUUAAUAUUGUUGAAGAGGAGGAUAUCAUGUUAAGUGGCGAAGCCGAACAAAGCUCCAUCGGUCCGAGGAAACAUACUGAUUUCGUUGGAAAACGUCGCGAAGACUUAGUUUCCAGCCUUCAGCAGUUGGCUGAUUUUGAAACAUUGUUGACUCCCCCACAAGUUGUAAGCCCAUUGGCAAAUCAAGCUGCUUUAAAAGCAAUGAUGUUCCUUUCUGGUGUCUCUGUGGGGAGUGGGCUUCUUAAUGGAAUGAGUUUGAAUGACAUGCCCCCGAAUUGUUCGGGAAACCUUCGGCAUUUGAUUGUCGAGGCUUGCAUUGCUAGAAAUGUUCUGGACACGUCAGCAUAUAUGUGGCCUGGGUAUGUAAAAGGUCGCUGCAGUCAAAUACCACGAAACAUUUCCGGGCAAAUGCCUGGUUGGUCAUCAUUUAUGGAAGGGUCGCCUUUAACUCCUCCCAUGAUCAGUGCAUUGGUAUCAACUCCAGCUACUAGCUUAGCAGAAAUAGAGAGGGUAUACGAGAUUGCUGUCAGUGGUUCGGAUGAGGAGAAGAUUUCUGCUGCUACAAUAUUUUGUGGGGCGUCUCUUUUUCGUGGGUGGACUAUACAGGAACAUAUACUCCACAUGAUAAUGAAAUUGCUUUCACCGGCUGUGCCUACAAAUUUUUCUGGAAUUGAGAGUCACUUGAUAGGCUGUGCUCCAUUUUUGAAUGUGCUUCUUGUCGGGAUAUCAUCUGUCUGUGUUCAGAUAUUUUCCUUGCACGGCUUGGUUCCUCAACUUGCAGCUGCAUUGAUGCCAAUAUGUGAGGUUUUCGGUUCCUCUGCACGCAAUAUGUCGUGGACAGUUAACGGGGAGGAGCUUGCUUCUUAUGCUGUAUUUUCAAAUGCAUUUACUCUGCUGCUGAAGCUAUGGAGAUUUGAUCACCCACCUUUGGAACAUGUAAUGGGAGAUGGUGCUCCCGUGGGAUCUCAUUUAACUCUGGACUUCCUCCUAUUGGUGCACAACUCCCAGCUAGCUUCCCAUGAGAAUCUAAGAAAAAAUCAAAAUAAAACUAAUAGACGGUCAAGAUUGUCAUAUCCAUCUUCGAGGGGCCCCGUAUUCAUGGAUUCCUUCCCGAAGCUCAAACAUUGGUACAGAAAGCAUCAAGAAUGCAUUGGCGCUAUUCUUUCCAGUCUGGUACCUGGAAACACGAUCCAUCAGAUUGUUGAAGCACUCCUUAGCAUGAUGUUUAGAAGAAUUAGCAGAGGAGGUCAAACUUUGACUCCUACAACUUCAGGAAGCAGCAGCUCAUCUGCAUCUGGCCCUGAUGAAUUCUUUCUCCGCCUUAACUUUCCUGCCUGGGACAUACUCGAGGCUGUUCCAUUUGUACUUGAUGCUGCUCUCACUGCCUGCGCCCAUGGGAGACUAUCCCCACGUGAAUUGAUUACAGGACUCAAAGAUCUUGCUGAUUUUAUUCCUGCUUCCUUGGCGACCAUGAUAAGUUACUUUUCAGCAGAAGUGAGUAGGGGUAUUUGGAAGCAUGCUUCUAUGAACGGAACCGACUGGCCAAGUCCUGCUGCAAAUCUAUCCAUGGUUGAAGAACAGAUUAAGAAUAUCCUUGCUGCCACUGGUGUCAAUGUCCCAUGUCUUGCUGUAGGCGCAAGCUCCCACGUGACUCUCCCUCUCCCUCUCGCCGCCCUCAUUAGCUUCACAAUAACUUACAAGCUUGACCGUCUCAACGACCGCCGCUACCUAUCCUUAAUGGGCCCUGCCCUUAGCCACCUCGGCGUGGGCUGCCCUUGGCCUAGUAUGCCCAUAAUCUCCGCCCUUUGGUCCCAAAAGGUCAAACGAUGGUCCGAUUUCCUCAUCUACGGCGCCUCCCAAACCAUCUUCCACCACAACCACGACUCGAUCGUCCAGCUCCUCCGCGCUUGCUUCUCCUCUGCCCUCGGCCUCCCCUCCUCUCCCGGCGGAGUCGGCCCACUCCUCGGGCACGGCUUCGGGUCCCACUCCUCCGCCGUUGCCCCAGGCACUCUCUACCUCCGAGUCCACCGAGCCGUAAGGAGCGUUAUCCACAUGACCGAGCAGAUGGUUCAUCUCCUCAUGCAAACGGUCGAGGAAAUCUCCGAGAGUGCACAGAAGCUGAGGAAAACUCGGCAUGGGUCGAGGUACGGACAGGUGUCGCUUGCCGGCGCGAUGGACCGCGUCAAGACAGCAGCCUCGCUUGGGGCCUCACUGAUCUGGAUGACUGGCGGGGUGAACUCGGUUCUCGCCGUGUUCAAGGAGAUACUCCCAUCAUGGUUCGUGUCGGGCCAGUCCGCGGCCCGUCCGGUGAUGGCGACUCUGGGGGGUUACGCGCUGGCGUACUUUGCCGUGAUGUCGGGGCUUUUUGCGUGGGGGGUGGGGGAGGAAAAUCGCUCGGGGGGAGGAGGAGGAGGUGAGGGAGGGGCGAAGAGGAGGAGGCGGAAGGUUCUGGAGAAUCACUUGGAGUUUGUGGGGAGCGCGCUGAACGGGAAGGUAUCGCUCGGGUGUGACGGGACGAUGUGGAGGGCUUACGUGACGGGUUACUUGAGUUUGAUAAUCGGGUGUACGCCAGGGUGGAUGCUAGAGGUGGACGCGGAGGUUUUGAAAAGUGUGGGUCGGGGGCUGAGGCAGUGCAACGAGGAGGAGAUGGCGGUGGCGCUGCUCGGGAUAAGUGGGAUCGGGACAAUGGGGGCUGCAGCAGAGAUUAUUAUUGAAGCUGGGGUUUGA